UAUUGCAGCUCUCCCGCUGCUGCUGCUAUGGAACUACUACACCUGUGGCAGGGAAUGCUGGGAUGUUUAGUGCCACAAUAGCCAGACUCUGCCAACCCCUAGCACAUCAAUUUCAGUUGCAUUGCGUUUAUGCAUUCAUUCUUUCAUUGUGCCUGAGUCAGCGGCCUCUUGUUACUAAGCAACGGUAAACUUCCUGUGGAACCUCCGGUCAUGCGCAGUAGACUGGCUAGGAAGGAGUGGUGAGGUGGGCGCAGCGCCCCCUGCUGUCAGACGAGCGGAGAACAGCUGUGCCAUACACGGGGCAGCAGCAGCAGCAGCAGCAGCGAUGGAAGAGGAGUCCAGCUCACCAGUGUCUCCCGCCUGUAUUCCCCCUGGGAACAGCGCACUGCUCACCCCUCUGCCGCUCUCCCCGGACACGCUGCGGUUUGAUGAGGACGAUGACCUGGAGGUGUUCAGCAAGGAUGCAACACUGAAUGAUGGGAAUUCAUUUAGUCCUUUGAUGUUGGCCUCUCCAUUGUCCAUGAUAAAUCAGAUUAAAUUUGAAGAUGAACCUGAUGUCAAGGACCUCUUCAUUACUGUUGAUGAACCAGAAAGUCACAUAACCGCAAUAGAAACCUUUAUUACAUACAGGAUUGCAACAAAGACAACUCGCAGCGAGUUUGAUUCUAGUGAGUUUGAAGUCAGGAGGCGAUAUCAAGAUUUCCUAUGGUUGAAGAGCAGACUUGAAGAUGCCCACCCAACUUUAAUAAUUCCACCAUUACCAGAGAAGUUCAUAGUUAAAGGAAUGGUGGAACGAUUUAAUGACGAUUUCAUUGAGACUCGAAGAAAAGCAUUGCAUAAAUUUUUGAAUAGAAUAGCUGAUCAUCCAACAUUAACUUUUAAUGAAGACUUCAAGAUUUUCCUUACAGCUCAAGCGUGGGAGCUGACGUCUCACAAGAAGCAAGGCCCUGGAUUCCUCAGUAGGAUGGGGCAGACACUCAAGGCUGUAGCCUCUUCUGUAAGAGGAGUUAAAAAUCGCCCUGAGGAGUUUACAGAGUUAGGCGAAUACGUGGAGGCUUUCAGCCAGAAAAUAAAUGUAUUAGACAAAAUAUCACAAAGAAUUUGUAAAGAAGAGAAAGACUAUUAUGAGGAGUUGAAAGAAUAUGGUCCUAUCUACACCUUAUGGUCAGCAUCUGAAGAAGAUCUAGUAGAGCCCUUGAAGGGGAUGGCGACCUGCAUAGACAAAUGCUGCAAGUUCACUGAAGUAUUGAAUUCUAAGCUCUCAAGUGAUCUGAUUCCAAUUAUUCAUGAAUAUGUGCUGUACAGUGAAACUCUGUCUGGAGUGCUGAGAAGAAGAGAUCAAAUCCAGGUUGAACUUGACGUCAAAGUGGAUGCUCUGGUGAAUAGAAAAGCAGAUAGAGAGACUCUGAAGGAAGAGAUUGAAAAGCUUGAAGAUAAAGUUGAAUGUGCCAAUAAUGCUUUGAAGGCUGAUUGGGAUCGAUGGACAAAAAACAUACAGACAGACUUGAGAAAUACAUUUACAAACAUGGCGGAUUGCAAAAUCAAUCAUUAUGAAGAGUGCCUUGCCACUUGGGAAUCCUUUCUUACAUCUCAGUCAUGUGACGUACAAGAGAAAGAUGGAUCCUAAGGACCAUGGACUAGCUCUGUGUAUUCAUUAAAUGCCAACUGACCAAAGAAGUGACCUUAUUUAUAUAAGGACCAACUGGACAUAGAUAGGUAAUAUAUCCUCUAACAUAUAAAAAGCACAGUCGAAGCUAUGUCUGCCACAGUAUUCCAGACACCAAAAAGAACUGUUAAUCAUGGAUUGAAUCCUCAGCUGCCAAGUCUUCCAGUACUGUUUUAUAUGCAUGACAGGCAUUUAGAUAGGGCUGUGUAAAUCAUGUAUCUUUAUUGCUCAACCUUUUAUAUCUAGUAAUUGUUUUAAAUAUUAUGCAAAACAAAACAUUUUAAUUAAAGUGUUUCAUUUUACCUGUA